CCAAGAUUUAUUUUCAGAUUUUCACUUCUCUGUUUUUCUGUAUUUUUCACUUUCAUACUUUAAAGUAAACCAACAGUUAAAAGCAGCAACAACAACACAGUGAGGUUGUGAGAGAGAAAGAGUUGGAUUUAGAUAAGUCGUGUACCGGUUAUAGCCAGUCAAAUAUUUUUUAGCUUUGUUCAACUGUUCAAGUAAACUCUUUUUUUUUCUUAAUUUUGUAUUAUUAUUUGUUUGUUCUUUGUCUGAGCUUGAAGGGUUUUUUUUUUAGAGAGAGAGAAACAGAUUGAUAAAAGUUUCAGAAACUGAAAAUCUCAUUUUUAGGGUUUUCAGGGAAGUUAUAUAUAUUCUUAAAUUUUAGUCUAUUUAAAAAAAAAAAAAAAAAAAAAAUUGUUGUUGUUGCAGGAGGAGAAUUGAUGUUGUCCACACUCUCCUCCGUUAUCCCUUAUCUUCUUCUUCACCUGAUCCAAAUCACAGAAAUUUAAACAUAACAAAGUUAGGGUUUCUGUUUCCAUCUUAUCGUCUUCAUUUUUUAGACUCUAGCUAAAGAGAGAAUUUAACCAGUCGUGGAGAAGAGAAAAAUGGAUUUUGACGAGGAGCUGGGAGAUGAAAAGUUUGGAGUUUCACCAACGAGCUACGAAUCAUCUCGACCAACAAAAAUGGUGGCAACCGGAGAAGUAGUAGCAGUGUCUACACGUAAAUCAGCUUGUAGAUACAGGGAGUGUUUAAAGAAUCAUGCAGUAAAUAUAGGAGGACACGCAGUAGAUGGAUGUGGAGAAUUUAUGGCAGCAGGUGAAGAAGGUUCACUAGAUGCACUGAAGUGUGCAGCUUGCGGUUGUCAUAGGAAUUUUCAUAGAAAAGAAAUUGAAGGCGAAGGUUUUCAUCACCAUCCAAGCUUUACACCUUACAGUAGUUAUCGUGCACCGGGUCAUGGUGAUAGCGGUACUUACUUACACGUACCCGCUCGUCCAUUAGCUUUACCAUCAACAUCUGGUGGUGGAGGGAAUAACACUAGUAGAGAUGAUCAAGAUGAAGAUAACUCACACCCUACAAGUAGUGGUGGAUUAUCAUCAAGGAAAAGAUUCAGAACGAAAUUUAGUCAAGAACAAAAAGAUAAGAUGUUGAGUUUUGCUGAGAAAUUAGGUUGGAGAAUACAAAAACAUGAUGAAGCUGCUGUUCAACAGUUUUGUAAUGAAACUUGUGUAAAGAGACAUGUUCUUAAAGUUUGGAUGCAUAACAACAAGCACACUCUUGCUAAAGGGUGCAUGAUGAUGAUGAUGAUCAAGCCAAGGAGCUAGUGAGUGAAAGGUACUAAAAUUGGGGCAAUUUUCAUCAGGAGACAUUUUUACCUCCUCUUAUCUCUUUCUUUCUAUAUGUAGGGCUAGCUAGUGACUUAAUUUUUAAUUAGUUUGAGUCUUUUUUUAAUUAAUCUUUUCAUCCUAUCUUUCACCAUUUCAGGUUUAGUUUUUUCUUUUUUCAAAUUAAUAAUGUUAAUGAUGUUUAGUUAUGUUGUCGUUUUAAUGUGUUAAACGGGGAAAUUUAGAUGACAUGAUUGUGGGAGUCAGAAUUGUUAACGAGCCAUUGCUCAUACUGGUCGGUUACUAAUUAGCAAGAUCUGUUUGUCUUGAUGAUGC